GGUAUUCAUAUAAUCCUGGCCUACUCCAACUCAUGAGUCAUCAACCAAACCACUUUUUUGUUUAUAUAUACAAGCUAACCUUUGCUCUUCUCUUCUUGUGCACUUCCCCCUUCUCUUGAUUGUUCAGUAGCCCUGUUUCUUUAUCAUCCCAGCCUCCUCCUCAUCAUCAAUGGCCAUAGCGCUUUGUGUUAUCCUCUUCUUCUCUGGCACGGUCUUGUCGGUGACCGCCACUGACUACACUGUUGGCGACUCAUCAGGGUGGGCAAACGGUGUCGACUAUUUGACAUGGACCAGCGGCAAGACCUUCACCGUCGGUGACACCCUCGUGUUCAAUUACGGCAGUGGGAUGCACACGGUGGACCGAGUGAGCUCCAGCGACUACAGCGCUUGCUCCUCCGGCAACGCCCUCAGCACCGACAACAGCGGGCAGACGACGGUCCCUCUCUCCAGCGCCGGCGACUACUACUUCAUCUGCGGAGUCGCAGGCCACUGCGCCAACGGCAUGAAGCUCACCGUUGCCGUUGCAUCACCCAGCUCUACGACCACCUCCCCUCCCACUGGGACCACUACUACUCCUACUCCCACCAUCAACACGCCCACCGGCACAACACCUUACUCAGCUGCCGGCAGGCUAUCUCCGGCGUCCCUGUCGUUGCUCAUGGUUGGUCUGAUGCUAGCAGUUAAACUAGUGGUGGCCGUCUAAAUGCUGUAAAUUCAGUCAGGGUGGAGACAGUGCGAGCUAUUGCGAUCUCUCUAUUUUUCGGUGUGCAAUUUUAGUUAUAAUUGAGAUGUUGACUUUGGUGGCGGAAGAUUAAUAACGGUGGUUAUUGUUCUA